AUGGCGGGGAACCUGCCGUUCUUGCCGCCGCCGAAGACGGCGCCGAGCGCGGAGCCGGUGUGCGUGUUCGGCGAGGAGUAUUGCCUGCCGUACGAGACGACGCUGCUGGUGCGCUCGCGCAGGUGGAAAAUGUCGGACGAGUUCGAGGUCACGGACGUCGAGGGCCGCACGCACUUCAAGGUGGAGGACAAGAUCAUGGAGUGGCGCGACAAGAAGACGCUGGUGAACAGCGCGGGCGAGGCGGUGUGCACGGCGGUGGAGAAGGCGCUCACGCUGCACAGCGGCACGCUCAUGAUGCGCGGCCGCGACUCCAACACGGACCACUUCGUUGUGCGCACGCGCAAGGUCUCCCACUCGCACCCGCGCAUGGAGAUAUACCUGAAGGAGAACAACACAAGUGUGCCAGACCUCGUUGCAUAUGGCAACUUCAAGAAGCUUGAUUUCAAGGCGGGUGGCGGUGGCGGAGGUGAGGAUGGACCCCUUUGGCCCGCGCUCGCACCACUCACUGUUGCUGGACGUGAAGCCACAGCACCGGCGGCCGCGCGCCUGCGCGAGCUGCAAUCGCAGCCGGGUAACAAGAUCUGUGUGGAUUGCAGCCAGAAGAACCCGCAAUGGGCAUCCGUCAGCUACGGCAUCUUCAUGUGCCUCGAGUGUUCCGGCCGGCAUCGCGGGCUCGGCGUGCACAUCAGCUUCGUGCGAUCCGUCACCAUGGAUUCCUGGUCCGAGAUCCAACUCAAGAAGAUGGAAUCCGGCGGCAAUCUCGCGCUGAAUGAAUUCCUUUCUCGGUACGGCGUGCCUAAGGAAACCGACAUCGCAGUUAAGUACAACACCCCCGCCGCGGAAGCCUACCGGUCCAAGAUUCAAGCCAUGGCGGAAGGCCGAUCCUGGACGGCUCCUAACAUUGAAAAGGUUUCCUUGUCGGGCACGGGUGGAGGGAGCCGUCCGACUGCUAGAGCAAGCCCAGGUGGAUUCGGCUCCAGCGACGGCUGGGAUGACUGGGGCGACGGCAGCUCUGGCAGCCAAGCGGGCAUGCGCAGGCACCAGUCCGAGAAUAGUAUUACUUCUGGACACGGCGCGAGCGGCCGACGGAGCAAUCUGGCAGCCGCCGGUGGCGGAGGCGGCGGCGGCGGUGGUGGCCAUGGAAUGGGUCAUCAUUCCGGCUCCACCAAUGAGAUUUACUCGCGGGAGCAGCUGGAGGCGUCGGCGGCGGGGAAGGAGUCGUUCUUCGCGCGGAAGCAGGCGGAGAACGCAUCGAGGCCGGAGGGCCUUCCGCCGAGCCAGGGAGGCAAGUACGUGGGAUUCGGCAGUGCGCCCGUUAACCGGCCCGCUAAUCGAGGCGGCGAGGACGUUAUUGAAGAUACCGUCAAGAUCGUCUCCGAGAGCUUCCGUUCUCUCUCGAUGGCGGCUGUGGGGGUGGCAAGCUCAGCCGCGGCGGUGGUCCAGGAAGGAACCAAGGACAUCCACGCAGGGGUCACGGAAGGUGGCUUGGACAAGAAGGCCAUCGAGACCGCGUCCGUGGUGGCAGGGCGUGCGACUGAGAUCGGGAAGUCAGCGUGGGGCUUCAUGCGUGCCUUUACAGAGCGGGCUGUGCAAACCGUGGAUGGUUACUCGGGCGGUGCUGUGGGGAACGCACUUGAGGUGGCAGCUGCAGCCAGCGCAAACGCUGGCAGCAUGAUAGUCCAGGGCCUUACUGGUGCGGCUGUGAGCGAAGGUGGUGCUGGCGGUGCUGGCGGCGCUGUGGGAGGGAACCGGGGAGGAGGUGGCUUUGACGACUGGGAUGAUUGGGGAGAUGAUAACAAGGGGCAGUCAGGUCAGGCUGGCAGCGGCAGGUAUAAUGGGAGCGAGGGGGACGGAUUUGGGCAGGGGAGGAGCAGUAGCACUAAGGAUGACAAGCCGUUCACUGGUUGGGAUGAUGAGUGGGAUGGUGUGAGCCCUAAGGCUAACAGGGGGCAGGGAAACAUGGCCAGCAGCAGCAGUAAUGGUGGGAGCCGCGCAUCUGGAGGAACUGGUGCACAAAAGAAGCAGGCAGCGGCAGCAGCAGCAACAGAGACUGAGUCAGACUCAUGGGGUGGAUGGGAUGAUGUGCCAUCGCCUGCUCCUGCCAGCACUGCCACUGCUGGUGCAGCAAAGAAAGGGGGUGCUGCCAAGAAAAAGGAUGACUGGGAUGAUUGGGGAGGAUUUUAA